CCUCCGACAUCAGCGCCUAAAGGCCGUCUGCUCUCGCCAUUAAAGCGUACAGCAAGAAUACCCACGCCACCCCACAGACCAAGUAUUGAUGCCUUCUGGAACCCAGAGACAGUCAAUGACUGGAACGACCAGUACUCGCCGCGGAAAGAAUGGUCGCCGAAGAAGCUCAGAGAGGUGCGCGAUGUCAAUUCCACGUCGCCGCUCUCCUCGCCGCGCAAGCUUCAAAGCCCGUCGAAGCGCACCAAAGCUGAGAUGAGUGUCCGUAGAGAUUGGGAAAGCCGGAAGCAUCAGCUCGCAGAAAGCUUCCUUGCUGAGCUGGAUGCAGAGAUCACCAAUAGGCAGAUCGCACAACUUGCGGCGUCAACAGGCGGUGUGAAGCUUGUCUGGAGCAAGACACUUAAUACGACCGCCGGAAGAGCGAACUGGCGGCGGGAGACGACCAAACAGCGCCAAGCCGACGGUAGCGUGACCACAACCCACAAACACCACGCCUCCGUUGAACUAGCCGAGAAAGUCAUUGACGACGAGCUUCGUCUCCUGAACGUCCUCGCGCACGAGUUCUGCCAUCUUGCCAACUUCAUGAUCUCUGGCAUCAAGGACCAACCGCAUGGCCGCUCUUUCAAGGCCUGGGGAGUCAAAUGCACACGCGCAUUUGCGCCUCGUGGAAUUGAGGUGACAACCAAGCAUAGCUACCAAAUCGAAUACAAGUACGUUUGGCGUUGUGAGGGUGAAAAUUGCGAAGCCGUGUUCAAGCGGCAUUCGAAAAGUAUUGAUCCUGCGCGUCAGCAAUGUGGGCAGUGCCGUGGGAAGCUGUUGCAGAUCAAACCGGUACCGAGGAAGGAGACUGCGGGUCAAGGCUAUGCGGCGUAUGUGAAAGCGCAUUUUGCCAGUGUGAAGGCUGGCUUGCCAGGUGGUGCGACGCAGAAGGAGGUCAUGGAGGCCAUUGCAAAGCGAUACCGGGCUGAGAAGGCGGCGAGCAGUCUGAGCGAGGGCGGAAAUAAAUCGGACAGUGUGCCACUAUCCCUUGUCCCGAGCGAUGCGAAACUACCAGUUUCGAGCGAGGUCGAGGUGAUUGAUCUAGAGGAGGACAGCAUUGAGAUCGUUUCCCGAGCGCUGGAAUCCAUUAUGCUAAGCGAUGAUUGA